GAUACCAGGAUGCCAGGACUCGCGGGGUCGAAGGUCCUCGUGACCUUGUCGCUGCUGAUUCUUUCAGGUGUUUCGGCUAUCCAAAAUGAUCGAACGUCUUCUCGGUCCUCUAAAGAAGACAUCAUCCUCAGCUCGUAUACAGGGCCUGAGAGAACGUCCAGCGUGUUUCAUCGCGAUGCGUCGCCAACUUUCCAAAGAACCGUUCCAGCAUUUCAACUGGAAAGCUCGAAAAGCGUCAAUAACUAUGACAAAGAAGAGAUCAGGUUCGAAGACAGGAAUACCAGGCACGAGGAAUCUAUCGACGAGCUAACGUCGUCGAAACACGUCGAUCAUAUAGACGGGAACAACAUCGAAGUGAAACCGGGGGAAUAUUAUCAUAUAACACCCACAACGAGCGAAUCCAUGUCGGGGGAAGGACAAGGGGCUCCGCAGGGACCAAAACUCUUGUCGGAGCCCCACCAACUGGCUGGAGUGUCAAACCAACAGGCACACUACUUGCAAGCAAUAGAUCAACAAAGACGGGCACGCCAAGAGAUCCCCAGGAUCUAUAGCGAACACGCUCCGCCGCCUAUCCUGCAGACCGCUUCUCCAGGAAACCGACAGGCGAAUCCUGAUAUACAGGACAUCAUCACGGGUAUCGUCAAAUUGUUGAACGGGAACGUGAAUGUCGCUGCCAACACGGUCAGGCCCUUGAGGCCGAUUCAAGCCACCAGGAUUAACAACAGAGGUCCGCCGAGAAUAUCCGACGUCCCUCCAUUACCACCUGAUUUCGAUACACCUGGAAUGAAUCCUCCUCCUCCACCGGAUCAUCCUUAUCCCUUCGAGAAACCACCAGCCCCGGACAGACCCUUGGUGAACCAAUUACCGCCCGAGAGGCCAAUCAGACCCUUCGUGAACGGCGUUCCUCUGCCAGAACAAAUCGUUCCGCAAGGAAAUCGUCCGUGGACUUGGAACCGUCCUGGUUCGAACAGGCGACCAAUUCCUCCGUACAAACCUUUGCCACCGUCCUCGGAGUCCGCUUUCAAUCGGGAGAAAGAACAGGAGGACAAAAACACGAAACCUGACGCAACGUUGACAGAGGAAUCCUCGACGAAAAAAGAAGAUCAAAGCGAAACUACCACGAACGCUUUGGAGAACACGACCAAGUAUCACCAGGAGGGUGACAAUCAAAAGGUCAGGUUCGAUUCGAAGACCACGAUGAAACCAGCUACAGAGGGUAUCACGAAAAAUCCUGAAUCAGGAAGCUCCAUGAAGAAGGAUAACAAACAUCAGUCUCCGUCUAAAGAGAACAAAGUGAAUAAUCAUAACCCAUCGUCGCCUCCAACGGAAUCCAAUAAUGUUAAUAAGAUAAAUAACAUGAAACAGGAAGAUUCGGCAAAACCUGUGAUACCGUUGGAAGGUUCGGUGAAACCAACAAAGUCCACGAAAAUCAACGACACACAGAGACCCAAUUCCAGCGUGAACAACGAAAAAUCUAUCGACAAGCCGAGCGUGUCCAAGACCCCGAUAAAAUCCUAUUCCACGUCCACGCUGAAUAUCGAGACCAGCUCGUCGGUCCAUGUAAUCGAGCCUACGACCACAAAAACGGUCGUUCAAUCGACCACAAUCCCCGUGAAUAAUAGUGCAAGUUAUACGCCAAUUGCGCCUAGUAUAGUGGCUUUAGAACCGAGCAAAUCGUCCGAUUUUGAAAGUACCAUCAGCACAUCGAGUGUACCAACACCGACGGACAAUUUACCAUCGACUUUCACGAAAGGCUCGUCAAUAGCGGACAAAAGUAUAAUCCAUACUCCGGCCUCCAAUACGUUCACAAAGAAUUCAGCUGCCACGGAUCGCUAUGCUUACCGACCCCGACCUGGGAUAGUCCUUGACGACACCUUGGAUUACACGGGCAGCCAAGGAUUGGCUACUCAACGACCUUACGCACCACCGAGACAUCCACCUCUCGGUGAUAUUUUUGAUGUCACGGUCUCGGCUAUUCAAGGACCGGGUGGCGCAAGUUCUGGGGAUGGUGUAAGGGUGCCGGUAAACGCGGGAAACGCGGACGUGAUUCUCACGUCGGCGGUCGAGGGUCAAGGAUUUGUCAGCAUCGACGGGAAAAGAACGUACUUGAACCUAUUCGAGAACACAGAUCGAACAUCGACGCACGUGCAACCGCAGCCUCAGCCGACCAGAACGCAAUCGCCCGCCGUCGUCGGCACUGGAUUUGCUGUGCCGCAACCGGACCCACCUACGGUGACUCCGAGGCCCAGCGGACCGAUUCGAAGGCCCACGUUCCACAGGAGACCCACCCAGCCACCGGUCAGGAUAGACACCUGCAUCGUGGGCGACACGAGUACUUGCGACAUCAGUCAACACGAGGCGUGUGCCACCGUUCAAGGGGUGUCUGCUUGUCACUGUAAACCAGGAUACGCGAGGCUACAGCACUCCUUGCCGUGUAAAAAAAUCAUCAGUAUCGUGGUGUCGAUGAGGGUGGACAAAAUUUACGACAGGAAAGUCGUGUGGGACCGAGGAUUCACGGACAAAGAUUCCGAACCCUAUCAAACUUUGGCCUACGAAGCUAAUCGAGCUAUCGAAUCCGCCAUGUCGAUGACACCGUUUUCGGACGAAUACAUGGGGUCCUUGAUCAACGGUGUGUAUCAAGGGGAUAUAAGCCAAGGCCAAGGGGGUGUCUUUGUGAACGCAACCCUGAAGCUCACCUAUGAACCGAGAACAAUAAGACCAAGUUUAGCAGGGGAGUUGCAGAGACAUCUGCUCGGGGUUAUUCAUAGAAGGAGCAAUAAUAUAGGGAACAGCGCUCUAUACGUUGAUAGUCCUCCUGGAUCUAUAUCGAAUUUACAAGACUUGGACGAGUGUGCUUCGUCAGAACUGAACGACUGCCAUUCUUCGGCAAUUUGCAUCAACAAUUGGGGUGGAUUUACUUGCACUUGCAAUCCAGGAUUAAAGGAUCCUCACAAGGAUGAUCCUAACGAAUCUGGUAGGACUUGUAUCUCCUGUCCUUCGACCUAUUGCAACAAUCGAGGCUCUUGUUCUUACCAAGGCGAUCAUAUGCAGUGCUCGUGCACUGGUAAUUAUUAUGGUGCUCAAUGCGAAGUCGAUGGAGAGGUCCUGGGCGUAGCGAUAGGGGCGUCCGUAGCAGCUUUAAUCAUUAUAGUCCUGACAUUAGUAUGCCUGGUCAUGUGGAGUCGACGAUGGUCUCGCGAACAAAAAUCCGUCGGCUCACCGGUGUACGGUUACAUCCAGGGUGGCAUCCCUGGGACGCUUCCAGGAACUCUGGCGAGGGUUGGUUCUGUGGGCACCCUCGCUUCCGUGAAACAAGGACCACCGACCAACUUGCCGCCGUACAUGUGGGCACAUUUUGGCGACCAUAUGGCAACUGCUAACGUAUACGCCACGGAACCCAUGGGACCAACGCGGCCAAGUUCCGCCGUGUUCGGAUAUCCACCACUGAACGUCCAUGGAACGUUACCACCAGUACCUCUGCCAAGACUUCAAGCUCCGCCAAGACCGCGACAAAGACACCAACCCGAUCCCGACAGCUCGGAUUCCGAGCCACAGGACAAGGACAGGGCCGAUCUGAUCCCCCAACACAGCGGUUUUCAUGUUCCCAGGCCACGAUCUAGAUCGUCUCUAGCCAAUCAAAGCGGAAUUUACAAUGACGUGGAGUACGACCAAGGUGAUGUGCACCAUUUAUCGAAAAACAAUAUCCCGAUGUCCACUUACAGGCCGUACUAUCGAACGUGAGACACGUGAAAAAAGAACCUAGCUGUACUGUUUAAAAGGACAGAAUUGUUAAGAGAGAAAAAUAUACGAGAAAAGUCGAAGCUGUGAAUUCUGUCAAUUGUUGAAAUAAUUGAAAACGAACUGUAAACGUAGAUUAUGGACACGUAGUAUUAACAAGAAAGAAAAGAAAUGAAAUUAAUGCACCUAUGUAUGUAUGUUUUACAAAGAUGUUAUUUUACCUGUUUAUAGAUAUUCAAGUCGAUGUAAGGUAUCAGCAUUGCUAAUUCUAGUUACUUAUUUGUUAUACUAUAUGAAUAUUUAUUACCCUAACGUUACCCUCGAUAUAACAUCUUGCAAAAAGAAAAAUCAUACCAAGGCUGUUUUAUACGAACCUAGUGAAACGAAGGGUGCAUACUGAACGACUAGUAUUGAAGCAACUGCUCCUUUUAAUUACUUUAAUUUAGCCUAUUAUCGUCGAUAAUUAUUUAUAUUUUAUAGUUUAGCGAUAAGUAUCCGUGAAAAUUUGUUAGUUUGCAGCUUGUGAAUUAUCUUGGGACCACCAUAUUUCAGAUACUUAUCACUAAACCGAUAAACGAUAACGCAUGUAAUAUCAUUACACAAUCUAAGAGAAGAAAGAUACGUAUUAAUAACCAAGGAUCCGUAGUUCUCUUUGGAAACAAAGCGUGUACAAGGAUCAAAAAGCAAUAUAAA